CUCUCCGCUUUAUCUUCUCAUUGCUUGUGUUCCUCCGCAGCCGCCCUCUCAUCGUGCCCCCCUCCGCUCCCACUUCCCUUUAUAUCGGCAGCCCAUGUAACGGCCAUGGAGAUCUCGGGACUCCGCUCUCUGGCGAAGCACCUCAAGACCAUGCUCUCCUCCACCUCCUCUUAUCCCUUUCCUCCUCCUCCUCCUCUCUCCUCUCCCUAUAAAGCCCUGCACCUUGGCCCUUCCCGAACCCUAAUCCCUCUCCUUCUUUCCGGCCGAAUCCGUCUCUCCGCCGUCGCCUGCCUCCUCCCCCGCCGGUGCCACCGCCAGAUCCGCCUCCCCCUCCCUGGCUUCCUCUGCCACCCGACCGUCGAUCGCUUCCCCCGGCCCUUCUCCUCCAUCUCUUCCGACCCGGUGUUCGAGCGACGGGAGGAGCGGCAGCAGCCCACAUCGUCCUGCUCCGCGGACGGCGAGUACCAGGACCACCUCUUGCAGGUCCAGCAGGAGAAGCAGAGCCGGUUCGUCCCCGUUAAGGCCUACUUCUUGUGCACCAGUAUUGAUUUGAGGAGCUUGCAGGCUCAGAAUGCGUUCAACGUUAUUCCACCUACAUCCCGCGCCACCAAUUACGUUGUCCUUCGAUACUAUGAUGUUAAGAACGACCCUCAUGUUAUGGAGUCUGGUUUUCCAAAUGAGAGUGUUUGUCACUAUAUGGUAGUUUUUCACUAUGGUUCUGUUGUUUUGUUCAAUGUCACUGACCAUGAAGCUGAUGGGUACCUGAAGAUUGUUGAAAAACAUGCAUCAGGUUUGCUACCAGAGAUGAGAAAGGAUGAUUAUGCUGUAGUCGAAAAACCAACUCUGGAGACUUGGAUGGAAGGUGGACUUGACUACAUAGUGCUUAAAACUUUGAACAUAGAUGGUAUUCGGACCAUUGGAAGUGUUCUUGGUCAAAGCAUUGCUUUGGAUUACUACAUCCGGCAAGUUGAUGGAAUGGUAGCUGAGUUCACAGGUAUCAACCGGGGUUUGGAGAAAACUGGAACCUUUACCAUGAAAAGGAAAAAGCUUUUUCAGUUAGUGGGGAAAGCAAAUUCAAAUCUGGCUGAUGUCAUUCUCAAACUUGGUCUUUUUGAGAGGUCAGAUAUUGCUUGGAAGAAUGCUAAAUAUGCACAGAUAUGGGAGUAUCUCAGGGAUGAAUAUGAGCUAACACAGAGAUUUGGAAAUCUUGAUUUUAAGUUGAAGUUUGUUGAGCACAAUAUUCGCUUCCUCCAGGAAAUUCUUCAGAAUAGGAAGUCUGUUUUCCUCGAAUGGCUAAUCAUUGUUUUGAUUGCUGUGGAGAUCCUCAUCUCUCUUUAUAACAUCUUUUUUCAUCCAACACCAGUAGUUAUCCAACAAAAAACAAACAACCAGAAAAUUUCUCAAGAAGGAUCUGUCGACUAUGAUGGCUAAAUUUGCGGAUAUGGAUUCUAUUAUAUCCAAUAGUCUUUAAUUUUUGUUAAUCUUCCUCAGAUCUUUUUGUAAAGUUGCUACAAUCUGUAAGAUCAUUUCUCUAGAUAAAUUAUUUCACAUGUUAUCUUUAAUGAAAUGAUCAGAAGCAAAAAAGAAUUGCAUUUCGUUUGCAGUCAGUAUUGCUGCAGUCCAGAAUCUGGAGCUUCAGCUGUGAACGCAAGUGCUAUCAAAAAAAUACUAUUCAGACAAAUGAUGGUUUACUUAUUUCCAAGACUCUGAACUCUUUCUCGUAGAGCCAAGUCUCAAAAGCUUGGAUCACAGUUGAGCUUCAGCUGCAACUCAAGUGCUAUCCAGAAAAACCAAUCGGACAAUGAAGAAUUGCAAAUGGCUGUCGUUUGGAAGAUACGAAGCUUCUGGAUCACAUUUGUCUCUGUUUUCCUGUUCUACUGGUGAGAGCACAGGUGAGAGGUCUCUGUUAAGUGGUUGUUCGUACCUUCUGAGCACCCUUUAUUCUUUCCUGUGGGAGUGAUUUAAAACAAUUUCGUGUCAGCAAGUCCAGAACAAAUCACAUUAUUUGUGUAUUCUUGGCUAGGCAUUACAAUGUUCAAUUUUUAGCAUUAAUAAUCAUCAUCACUCACCAUUUUGCUGUUCCUUUA